CCACGCCGCGGUUGUGCAGUAACAUUGAUAAGAACUUCACGACCCUCGGUACAUUUGAGGCUGUUCGCUUCCGCUUUUCUUUUGGCGAAUCUUGAUUGCUGCUUGUCAUACGGUUAUUGGAUCUCGUCACACGCAAGACAUUUGCUCAUAAGUCCCGCAUACCUGGUUCACGGAUCUGCAUAACCUACUACAACGUCCCUGUAGUGCCCGUCAGCCUUAUCUUCGCACGUCGUCAACAUGGCAGCUUCUGCACCCAUCUCGAGAACUAUUUACACUGGAACUUUCGUCCACAGCAUUUCGCUCACAGAACUCGAGAUCUGCGAAAAUGGAGCUAUAGGUGUUGAUAGAAACGGCAUAAUAAUUUUCGUAGAGAGAGAGCUUGAUCUAGAAGCAGUACAAGAGAAGCAUUCAUGGCAAGAUGCUACACCUGUCUAUCUUAGAGGGAACGCCUUCUUCUUCCCCGGCUUCAUUGACACUCACACUCACGCCCCUCAACAUCCCAAUACCGGCCUCUUCGGGAAAACAACCCUUCUAGAUUGGCUGCAAACAUAUACCUUCCCUAUGGAAUCCUCAUUCUCAGAUCUCAAACGAGCCGAGACAAUAUAUCGCAACUUCGUAUCCCGGACCCUCUCCCACGGCACAACGACAGCAGCUUACUACGCCACCAUCCAUGUUCCCGCCACCAACCUGCUCGCCGAUAUCUGUCUUGCCAGAGGCCAGAGAGCGCUGGUAGGGAGGGUUUGCAUGAACUCCGACAUCUCACCCGAGUACUACCGCGACAUGUCUGUCUCGCAAAGUGUUGCGGAUUCAAAAGCAAGCACCGACUACAUCCGCUCCAUCGACCCUAAAGGCUCCAUCGUCCGCCCAGUCAUAACACCGCGCUUCGCACCAUCUUGCACCGCAGAGUGUCUUUCCGAAAUCGGAAAGUUGGCAAAAGAAGAAGACGCCUUCAUCCAAACACACAUCAGCGAAAACAAGGGCGAAAUAGCUUUAGUCAAGGAACUAUUUCCGGACAGCAAGAGCUAUACAGACGUCUACGACACCCACGGCAUUCUCACACCGAAGACCAUCUUAGCGCACGCCAUCCAUCUCAGCAACGAAGAGCGCAAGACCAUACUAGCCCGCGGGUCGUCUCUAUCGCACUGCCCAUGCAGUAACACCGCCAUCACGAGCGGCUGCGCCCCUAUCCGCGAACUUUUGGAUGAAGGACACACCAUUGGUCUCGGCACAGACGUCUCUGGUGGCUUCCACCCCUCAAUACUCGAGAACGUGCGCCACGCCAUCUGGACAAGCCGGCACUUGGCGCUGCAAUCAGACUUGGGCGAUAAAGCCAAACUCUCGACCGAAGAAGCGCUCUACCUCGCCACGCGCGGCGGCGCAGCCGUCGUCGGGCUCUCUGACAAAGUCGGCGGGUUUGAAGUCGGCAAGGAGUUCGACGCGCAGCUCAUUGACCUCGGCAGUGUCGAGGCCGGAGGUUCGAACGAUACUCAGUUUGACGCUGGGCCAGUGGACAUGUUUGGUUGGGAGUCGUGGCCCGAGAAGGUUGAGAAGUGGGUAUAUGCGGGUGAUGAUAGGAAUACGACGGCUGUGUGGGUCAGGGGGAGGUUGGUGCACAGGACUUCGAGAUUCCAGGAGUAUCAGGCGAAUGGGACGGCGACGCCUUAGGUAUGCUUUUGGUUAACGUGGGCAAUGGCCGUGUUUUGUGUGUUACUUUCAAGAUCUCAAGUGUAUAGACGGCCGAGGUAGAGUUCAUCUGUGUAAAUUGGUGAUCAUGUAAUCGAAAACGCGUA